AACAGAUAGGAGAGGAUAAGUAGUUAAGUACGCUGCUGACUGCUGUAUACGAAUUUCCUUUAAUCCGACAUACACGCUAUCCCAAAAUCCUUCAUGGCUUCUUUGCCUUCUGUUGCUGUCACUCGCACUCCCAAGCUCGACCCAGAAUUCAGAAAGCAUCCAACCGGUUCUCCUGCCACGGAAAAGAGUCAAAGCAUCUCAUAUCAGAAGAAUCAGACACUCACCCAUUUGGAUGGAAGUUCAGAACUGAGGUCUCUGGAUUUCCGAGAGGCGCUUUUGAUGAUAAAAGAGGGGCCGGAAAAGGUCCAAUCAUCUUUCUACGUCCCCCUUUUGCAAGAAUGCAUAGACAGAAAUUCUGUUUUGGAAGCACAAAUCGUUCAUGGUCACAUCAUGAAGACAGGAACACAUGGAGAUUUGUUCAUCAUGACGUUCCUUAUUAAUGUUUAUGCAAAAUGUGGAACCAUGGAAAAUGCUCUUAAAGUCUUUGACAAUAUGACUAGAAGAAAUGUUGUGUCCUGGACGACCCUGAUGACGGGCUAUGUUCACAAUUUGCAGCCAGCACUUGCCAUCCAGGUUUUCCAAGAAAUGUUGGAGGCUGGGGCUUAUCCUACGAAUUAUACUCUAGGAACUGCUUUAAAUGCUUGUUGUUUGUUGCAAUCUGUUAGGCUGGGGAAGCAAUUUCAUGCCUAUAUUAUCAAAUAUAAGAUUGACUUUGACACAAGUGUCGGCAAUGCCCUUUGUAGCUUAUACUCCAAACUUGGCAACUUGGAAUCUGCUAUUAAAUCCUUUGAGGGGAUUGGGGAAAAGAAUGUGAUCUCAUGGACUGCAGUGAUAUCCGCUUGUGGUGAUAAUGGUGAAGCUGCAAGGGGUUUAAGGUUUUUCUCUGAGAUGCUUGCCAAGGACAUCAAACCCAAUGAGUUCACCUUGACUAGUGCCUUGAGCUUGUGCUGUACAACACUGUCUUUGGGUGUCGGGGCUCAAAUUCACUCUAUGAGCAUUAAACUUGGCUGUGAAUCAUAUCUACCCAUUAGAAAUUCUAUCAUGUAUUUGUACCUUAAAUGUGGAUGGGUUAGAGAGGCUCAUAAAUUGUUUGAUGGAAUGGAAACUGUUAGCCUGGUUACAUGGAACGCACUGAUUGCAGGCCACGCCCAGAUAAUGGACCUUGUGGGCGAUGAUCUUUCAGCAUGCAAAACUGGAUAUGAGGCACUUAGCAUUUUCAUUAAAUUGAACCGGUCAGGCAUGAAACCUGAUCUAUUCACCUUCUCAAGUAUCUUAACUGUAUGUAGUAGAUUGGUGGCUCUAGAACAGGGGGAACAAAUUCAUGCUCAGACCAUUAAAUCUGGGUUUUUGUUGGAUGUGGUAGUGGGCACUGCACUAAUUAAUAUGUAUAAUAAAUGUGGAAGCAUUGAGAAAGCAAGUAAAGCUUUUGUGGAGAUGGAUACAAGAACUAUGAUAUCAUGGACUUCUAUGAUUACAGGUUUUUCUCAGCAAGGCUGGUCUCAGCAAGCGUUGCAGCUCUUUGAGGAUAUGAGACUAGCUGGAGUUAGACCAAACCAGAUUACUUUUGUGGGUGUUCUAUCAGCUUGUAGCCAAGCUGGAAUGGUCAAUGAAGCACUAAGUUAUUUCGAGCUGAUGCAAAAGGAAUAUAAGAUUAAGCCUGUAAUGGACCAUUUUGCAUGCUUGAUUGAUAUGUUUGUGAGGCUGGGUCGGCUAAAUGAAGCUUUUGAUUUUAUCAAGAAAAUGGAUAUGGAGCCCAGUGAGUUUAUAUGGUCGCUCUUGAUUGCAGGGUGUAGAAGUCAUGGGAAUUCUGAGUUGGCUUUUUAUGCAGCUGAACAAUUACUCAAGCUCAAACCAAAAGAUACAGAGACUUAUGUCUUGCUAUUGAAUAUGUACCUCUCUGCAGGUCGAUGGCAGGAUGUUUCCAGGGUGAGAAAAAUGAUGAGAGAGGAGAAGCUUGGAAAAUUACAGGAUUGGAGCUGGAUUAGCAUCAAAGACAAGGUUUAUUCAUUUAAACCAAACGACAAGUCGCAUUUCCAUAGCGCAGAUAUUUAUGAAUCAUUGGAGAAUUUGCUUGACCGAGCAAAGAGUCUUGGAUAUGAGUCUCUAGAAACUUUGGAGGUAACUGAUGAGGAUGAGGAAAAGACACCUUCUUCAACUGCUUAUCACAGUGAAAAGUUGGCUAUUGCAUUUGGUCUGUUGAACAUGCCAAAUGCUGUGCCAAUAAGGGUUAUCAAGAGUGUCUUUAUGUGCAGGGACUGCCAUAAUUUUGUUAAGCUCGUUUCAUUGCUGACUGCUAGGGAAAUCAUCAUUCGAGAUAGCAAGCGGCUUCAUAAAUUUGUCAAUGGACGCUGUUCAUGUGGAGACUUUGGUGGUCUUCUUUGAUAUCAUUGUCUUGGGGGGCGGUAUAAAUUCCAAAAAUUCUUAUUCCCGUGAACUUUUAACAUGUCAAAACUUUGUUGAUCCUCACGUUUUCAAUAAAGUUGAGGGAGGUUGAUGGAUAGGGAGAGGGCUACCAUGAUAAAUAGCCAGUUUGUGUUCAUAUACAAGUUGAAUGACUUGAUUCAAGGAUUUGGCUUGCGUUCCGUGCCUCGGCAUACCGAAGUUCACCAUGGGUGUCACCCGUCUCCAAAUACUGAUAUGCACUCCGUUGCCCAACCGGACUUACGCCGUGCUCUUGAUCCAAGCUUUAUACAGAAGCUAUCAGGUAUAUAGCUUUUGCUGCUUGAGUGUCAGAAGAAAAAAAAAAAAGAAAAAAAAAAGGUGAAAUGUAUAUGGGUUUAUAUACUCUGUCCUUUCGCAUAUUUUUUGGCCAAGUAUGUCCUUAAUCCAAUUUAGGCACCAUAAUAGAAUCUAAUGAUUCUUUAUUUUUA